GCGCGCGUGUGGGCGGGGCUGUCGGACAUGUCUGAGCACCGGAGACACGUGUUCAUUGAAAAAGUGCUGAAGAAACUUUUUCCAGAUGUUUCUAGUAGCCAAGAGAAGGGGACACCUGGGACUCUGACCACAGAAACACCACUCAAGAAAGUGACCUCUGAGAGAGUGAAGUACAAGCAUGUUCAUCGUUUGACAGAUGGCAGAGACAUUAAGAUCCAGCCACACCACCUCUACACUGUGAGUUUGCCUCCAGAGGGGUAUGUGCCCUGCUCGUCAGAGCCCCACAGCUGUGCUGACUCUGAGAAGGCCUCCAGUGCCGAUGAUGUGGAAGACCACAUCAGAGUAAUCUCUGCUUUCUUUAAUUACUGGAUUACACAUGUCCUUCCUGAGAAAAACAGUGAAUAAAACCAGUAUAUCUCUUUAAGAAGAAUUAAUAUUUACAAGAAAAUGUAAAUGACAAUGUUGGCUGAGAGUUCUUUCUUAUAGACAAAGAAGAUUAAAUUCCACUAUUUUCUUUGUAACUCAAAUCCUGGAGACUUUGAAGACAUUUCUGCCAUACAGUUUAUUCCUGUGUUUGUACAUAAUGGGUAAGAUUAUGAGACUUCAAACAUCUAAGACUUUAAAUGAGAAAUGGGAUAAAAUUAAAAAUUUCACCUAUUUGCAAUUACAUGUCUUGAAUUACUACAUAAAA